UAAAACACCUCACAACCUUCACACAAUAUGCAUCCAACUUACUCACCCUUCAAAGUUCAAACCCAUUUUCGCACACGAUGGUUUCAGUCAGGAAUCCACCAAGAAACGUGUGUGUUAUCGGUGCUGGCCCAUCCGGUUUGGUUGCUGCCCGGGAGCUCAAGAAAGAAGGCCAAAAAGUGGUGGUUUUGGAACAAAAUCAUGAUGUUGGAGGACAAUGGUUAUAUGACCCGAAAGUUGAAGGGCAAGAUCCCUUAGGAAAAGACACAAUGGGCUCGGGUUUAACCGUUCAUAGCAGCAUCUAUGAUUCGUUAAGGCUCACAUCGCCUAGAGAGAUAAUGGGGUUCACUGAUUUCCCUUUCUUGAUCAAGAAGGGUAGGGAUACAAGAAGAUUUCCUGGUCAUAAAGAACUUUUCUUGUACCUUAAAGAUUUUUGUGAAUGGUUUGGUUUAAGGGAGAUGAUUAGGUUUAAUACCAAAGUUGAGUAUGUUGGGAUAUUGGAUUAUGGUGCCUUUGGUGAAGAUCUAAAAUGGAUUGUUAAAAGCAAAGUUAAAGAUUCCGAUGAGGUGAUAUCGGAGGUGUUUGAUGCGGUUGUUGUGGCCACCGGACACUAUUCCUAUCCUAGAUUGCCUUCUAUCAAAGGAAUGGAUGCAUGGAGAAGAAAGCAAAUGCAUAGCCACCUUUACAGGGUUCCUGAGCCGUUUCGCGACCAGGUGGUGGUGGUAGUGGGGAACUCAUUGAGUGGGCAAGAUAUAGCAAUGGAGCUUGUGAAUGUAGCAAAGGAGAUCCAUCUUAGUUCCAAAUCACUUAAUGUUUCAGAGGGUUUAUCAAAAGUGAUCUCUAAACAUGAUAAUCUACAUCUUCGUCCGACUAUUGAAUGUCUACACGAGGAUGGACGGGUUGUUUUUGUCGACGGUUCAGGGAUCACUGCAGACACAAUCAUAUAUUGCACAGGGUAUUCAUAUGCAUUCCCCUUUCUUGACACCAAAGGAGCAAUAGGUAUUGAUGAUGACAGAGUGGGACCUUUAUAUGAACACACCUUUCCUCCAAGCCUUGCCCCAUCUCUCUCCUUUAUAGGCAUUCCUAGAAAGCUUAUAGGAUUUCCUUUCUUUGAAUCACAAGCAAAAUGGAUUGCUCAGUUGUUGUCUGGCAAGAGAAGUUUGCCACCAAGAGAUGAAAUGAUGAAAUCCAUUCAAGAAUUCUAUAAAUCUAGAGAAGCUGCUGGUAUUCCUAAGCAUAAUACGCAUGAUAUAGCCGAUUUUGAGUACUGUGAUAAGUAUGGAGAUUACGUUGGAUUCCCUCACUUAGAAGAAUGGAGGAAAGAUCUUUGUAUUUCGGCUCUGAUCAAUUCGGACGUGAACUUGGAGACAUAUCGUGAUAUAUAUGACGAUGAAGAACUGCUUCAAGUUGCUCAUCAAAGCCCUCAUUUUACUCAACUUGAACAUGAAGCUUUGUCUAGCUCCCUUUAAAUUAUGCAUGGGUUCGAUAUAUUAUAAAAUUAUAUAAUAUGACUAGUAAUAUUCCACGAAGGGCUUUUGUUGUUUCUGAAAGCAAAGAUCAAUGGAAUUCUUUUGCUUUCAAAAGCAAGAUAGUACUUAGACAACAACCCAACAAGGAUAGAGUUUGAACUUUCAAAGUGUACCUUGUUGAAUUUUUAAUGUUGUCCAUCUCCUUUAUAUGAUUGUAAUGUCAGCUCUUUUGGUUUCAUA